AGUAUUCGACACAUAGUUAAUGUCUCCGUCGCAGACACAUCUUCCGCCUGUUUGGGUCUUGAUAUGAAUUUCGGUUGGAUCUUUGGAUAAUCAGAAAACGUGUAUUUUUGAUUAUCAUAUGCAUAAUUAGUGGAAUUUAAAAUCCUCUACGUCAGACGACCUGAACUUGGGCGUCUUAUCGCCGCGCGGCAAAAGCAGCAUAUAAAAAGAUGACAGAAGUUCCAUUUCGAUAUCAGUAAGUCUCUUCAAGUCUUCAAGAAAACACCAUGAAGUUCAUCAUUGCUUUCGCCUGUCUGCUGGCUGUGGCCUACGCCAACGAGGAUGCCAAUGUGCUCCGUAGUGAAGCGGAAGUCAACGUUGACAGCUUCAAGUAUGCUCUGGAGCUCGACAACUCCGUGAACGUCCACCAGCAAGGUGAGCAGCAAGGCGAGCAGUGGGUGGUUAAGGGCGACCAGGCCUGGACAUCUCCCGAGGGUGUGCCAGUCUCCAUCCAGUACCUUGCCGACGAGAACGGAUACCAGGUGCUGGCUGCCAAGCCCCCUCUGCCAACCCCUCCCCCAAUCCCAGAGGCCAUCCAGCGCGCCCUGGACUGGAUCGCAGCCCACCCCCCUAAGGAAUAAGCAUUGUUUACCAAAAAUAAAAGCAGUUAAAAGUUAACUUCAGUUUCGAA